GCACUUACUAGCAUUAUUAUUGCAUUUCUAUACCAGUAUAUCAACCACUUAGUCAUUUAUUUAAGCUAACACUUUUCAGCACCAAGCACAAUCAUGACUAAGCCCAUUUCCAAGAGAACCGUGGUCAACUUUGACCUGAGCCCCGAGGACAUUGCCCUCACUGUUGACGAGAUGAUUGCCGAGAGCAAAGCGAUUCUUGACCAGGUUGCUGCCGAGCCCAACCCCACAUUUAACAACGUCAUUGUGCCACUGGCCACACGCGAAAACACCCAGAACGCCGACUACUCUGUCAUUUCGUUUUUGCAGAACGUGAGCACCAAGAAAGAGGUUCGCGACGCAAGCAUUAAAGGGGAGGAAAAGCUCAAUGCGUUUGAAAUCGAAAUGAUUAUGCGCGAGGAUGUGUACAAGGCCGUGCGCGCUGUGUAUAAUAAUCCGGCAGAGCUGGCUGUGCUGGGGCCCGAGGAUCGUAGAUUGGUAGGAAAAAUUGAACAGGGAUACCGCUACAACGGCCUUGCACUCAGCGUCAAGAAACGCAAAAGGCUCAGCCAAAUCAGCAAGCGCCUGUCAGAUCUGGGAAUAGAAUUUAAUAGCAACAUCAACAAAAGCACUGGACGCAUCCUGUUCACUCGCGAAGACCUCGAUGGGCUGGUUGAUGACUACUUCGAAGGCCGCAAAACGGAGGUGGUUGACGGUGUUGAGAAGUAUGUUGUCACGACAAAGUCACCAGAUAUGAGCCCUGUCAUGCAGGCAGCCAAAAAUGAGCAAACACGAAAGAUACUACUAACUUUGAACAAGCAGUUGUGUCCAGAAAACAUUGUGCUAAUGCAAGAAACUAUUGCUCUGCGCACUGAGGCAGCCCAGCUUCUUGAAUUCAAGACACAUGCAGAGUUUAAGCUAAGUAAGGUAGGCAAGACACCAAAAGAGGUGAUAAACUUUGAGCAUGACAUGCAGACAAGAUUGCAGCUCUUGGCAAAAACUGAGUUCAAGAAGCUCGAAAAACUUAAACAGGCAGAGAACAAGGCAGCGGGUGUGCCUUAUGAGGGCUUGUAUCUGUGGGACCAUCGUUAUUACUCAACGCUGCUAAAGAAGCAUGAAUAUAGUAUCAGUGAGGAUGAGGUCAAGCAGUACUUUCCAGUAAAGGAGGUGAUACAUGGCAUUCUAGAUAUUUUCCAGAAUAUGUUCAGCCUGCGGUUUACUAAGGUAGAGAACCCGCCUGUGUGGCAUGAUGAUGUGGACAUGUACGAGGUGUGGGAAGCCACAAGUGACGAGUUUGUUGGCCACUUUUACCUUGACCUGUAUCCACGCGAGAACAAGUACAACCAUGCUGCAGUGUGGCCGAUUCGCGCCGGGUAUGAUCGUGAAGAUGGAACACGUGAGUACCCAGUGGCAGCCAUGGUUGCUAACUUUUCCAAACCUACAGGUGCUACACCAGCGCUGCUGACACAUGGCAAUGUUGUAACAUUUCUGCACGAGCUUGGACACGUCUUUCACGAAAUGUGUUCAGUGACCAAGUGGGCUAAAUUUCAUGGUACUAAUAUGGAGCGUGACUUUGUAGAGGCCCCAUCGCAGAUGCUCGAAAAUUGGGGUUGGGACCCCUCAGUCUUACGCAAGUUUGCCGUGCACUACAAGACUGGGGAGCCCAUUCCUGAAGACCUUGUCAAGCGCCUCGUUGCUGCUAAGAACAAAGGCUCAGGAUUGUCUAAUCUUGUUCAAGUAUUUUACGGGCUUUAUGACAUGGCCAUUCAUGACACUGCUGAUGGCAAGGUAGAUGCUAAGGCAAUUUACAACAAGUUGCGCGAAGGCAUUACAAUGUUUAAGAAUGGUGACAUUGAUUCCUGGGGCAUGGCCACCUUUGGACACAUGAUGGGUGGAUAUGACACUGGGUACUACGGGUACCUUUGGUCGCAGGUAUUUAGUGCCGACAUGUUUGCGUCGCGGUUUUUCAAGGAGGGAAUUGACAACCCAAAGACUGGGUUGGACUACCGCCGUGAAAUACUGCUUCCCGGUGGCAGCCGCGAUGCAUCAGUGAGCCUGGAGAAAUUCUUGAGCCGCAAGCCCAACAACACGGCGUUUCUUGAGUCAAUUGGGCUCAAGCUUGACUGGGUUUAAUAUUUUAAAUAAUU